AUGGAAUCACAAAACAACAUUCAACGUACCCAGAACUAGCAGAAAUUCCUUCUAGAAUCACAGAUAUGGCCUCGCUCGAUAUCACGCGACUCUUCUCGGUCAAGGGCUAUGUCGCGGUGGUAACAGGGGGCAGUAGCGGGUUGGGCCUGAUGAUAUGCAAGGGUCUCGUGACAAAUGGUGCCAAGGUGUAUGUGGUUGCUUUACCAAGUGACCCGAUCGAAGAAGCCGUCGAAGAGCUUAAUGAAUUAGGCAAGGCUUCUGGAGGAAGCGCAAUAGGUAUGCCAUGCAACCUGUCGAUGACUUAUGAGAUCCCGAAGCUCGCGAGAGAUAUCGAAGAGCAAGAAGGCUGCCUUGACUUGCUCGUAUCCAACGCUGGUAUUCGACGGGACCCGUUCGAACCUUGCGACGUCCUGACCACUGACGUCCUUGAACUGCAAAAUUCGAUGGCGUCUUCGAGCCAAAGAGACUGGGAAGACACAUUCACUGUCAACGUCACAGCUCACUAUUACCUGGCUGUCGCAUUUCUACCAUUAUUACGGAAAGCUACGAAACCAGACGACGAUGGCCGGCCAGGUAGUCGUGAAGGACGCGGGGCCGUGAUUAUCACCAGCUCAUGCGCCAGCAUGCACAACGUCACAAACGUCGACUUGACGAGCUACGCCGCGAGUAAAGCCGCCACAGAUCACUUAGUGAGGCUUCUGGCCGCCAAGUUCAGAGGAUUUUACAUCAGAGUUGUGGGCUUGAACCCCGGAUUUUUCCCGAGCCGCAUGAAUCCUAUUGGGAAAGAAGGCAAUGUGUUCAGUGCCUUGUUCGACAAAGUUCCUGCCAAAAGAGCUGGUCAAGAGGAAGACAUCGCCGGCGCGGUGAUUUAUCUUGCAAGCAGAGCCGGGUCGUACGUUGACGGUAUCAACUUAUGCAUCGAUGGCGGCCGCAUCCUUGUGGCAAACGGACAGGAAUGAGGUGCCAAUCACGAUAGAUACAUGGACAAAUAUUUUUUUACCAUCAAUCCGCACCAUUGGUAUACCGUCAAUUGUGUAAUGUUCUGCCCACGAGAUAUUUAUGUCUUUCCACUUUGAACGCCGGUAACGCAACAGAUGUACACGUCAUUACAAGAGCGAUUCUAACCAAACAGCUUGUCUAGAAUCCUCUCAAAGACGUUC